CAUUUAUAAUGCUAUUUUCAACAGAAGAUUGUUGUAUACAACAAGAAAAUGAAAUUUUGGCACUUGAGGCAAUUUACCCUCAAGAUUUCACAUACACAGAAAACGACGAAAAUCCUUCACGUUACGAAGGAUCUCUCACGAUUCAAAUAUCCAUUCCACAUGAAAUUAUGAUAUAUUUUACUGGAGGCAAUAAUUUAAUUAGCGAUCUACCACUUAAAGUUCGACAUUUGCCACCAGUUAAACUCAUUUUUUCGAUGCCAAGCAAUUAUCCGACAGAGGAAUGUCUGCAAUUCAAACUUGAAUGUUGCUGGAUGCAACGGGAUUGGAUAAGGAGAUUAGAAAAAAGACUUUUGAAAAUUUGGGAAGAAGAAAGAGACGUUAUUUUAUUCCGGUUUGCCGAAUUUUUACAGAAUAACACUUUGGAUUAUUUGCAAGUAUCGUACCCUUUGAGAAUUUAUGAUGAUAACGUUGGUCAAACAACGCUUAAAGCCUUACUACGUACCUAUGAUCAGCAGGCUAAAAAUCAGGACUUUGUUAAUGGGCAUUUUACAUGCGGAAUAUGCCUUGAAGAGAAACAUGGUGAUAAAUGUUAUCGACUUAAUUCAUGUCAACAUGUGUUUUGUCAAAUCUGUCUUCGUGAAUAUUUUAUGAUGCUAAUUCGAGAAGGGUUUGUCAUACAAGUUAAAUGUCCUGAUCCUAGUUGUAAGUCACAGAAUAAAUUGGCUAAAGAAGAAAUAACAGAAAUUGUCGGUCAUGAAAUGUCACAAAGAUAUACUGAAUUGUUAGAAAAACAAAAACUAGAGACAGAUCCUCUAGUGACUUAUUGUCCUCGUAAAAUAUGUCAAGCACCUGUAAGAAAAGAUUCUGCUAUUGAAAAAUUAUGUGUUUGUACAAAGUGUACAUUUGCUUUUUGUUGGUUUUGUCAACGGACCUGGCACGGAGUCGGUGUACCAUGUGCGAUAAAUAAUAUCAAAAAGGUUGUUCAAGAAUAUAUGGUAGCCGAUGAAGCUACCAAAUCUAUGCUUGAACUUCGGUAUGGAACAAAGAAUAUGGAAAAAUUGGUCAGAGAUACUCUAGAAGAAAUGGAGUCAGAUAAAUGGAUAAAAUCAAACGCACAAAAAUGCCCUCAAUGUGAAACCGCUAUUGAGAAAUCUAUGGGAUGUAAUCAUAUGUUAUGCACACGUUGUAAAACACACUUUUGUUAUUUAUGUGGAAGUUGGAUAGAUCCAGAAGAACCUUAUAGACAUUUUAACGUUCCAAACUCUUCUUGUAAUCAACGAUUAUUUGAUGGAGUGAAUGUUGAUGAAUUUGUAGCGGAUGAUUUUAUAUUUAUCUGAUGUUUGUUAU